AUGAGUGGAUAAACAUGAUCAACAAGUUAAAUAUCACCGUAGUAUCUGCAGGCCGGGUACCACGGGCGCUUCUGCUGCUGUUCCCGCUGCUGCUCAUCGGCACAGUGACAGCUGCUCUCCCGGGCCAGUUCACCUUCAGCUGCCAUCGGCAUGGGCGCGAGUGCAAGCUGUGGAACCUGUACUUGGACACACCGGACGAGGUGUCCGAGGCGCUCAUCAACACCGGUGGCGACGGUAGUGGAUCGUUCGUCGAGGUGGAGAUAGCAUACUCGUCCCUGCCCAUCAUCCCGCAGUCACUGUUUAGUGACAACGAAAAUGUCGUCUCGCUCAAGAUGGAAGAUUGCGAUGUAGAGCUGCUCGAGUCGAGCACCUUUGAUGAUGCGCACGAGUUGAAGUACCUGCAGCUGCAGAAGAACCAUCUGACGGUGCUGCGGGACGAUGCGUUCGUACGUGCGACGAAGCUGCUGCGCAUUAAUCUGGGCGCAAAUCGGAUCGUUACGGUCGGCGAGUUUGCAUUCCGCGGGUUGGACAAUCUGGAAACGUUGCGGCUGUCGAAGAACAAGAUCGCUCAGUUCGCGAGCAAAACGUUCGCCGGGUUGCAUCAGUUGACGGAGCUUAAUCUCGAUCACAAUCAUGCGGAAGAGUUGCCGGAUCGGUUGUUUGAAGAGCUGGGCCAGCUGAGGGAGCUUCAUCUCGAUCACAACUAUCUUUCUGGGCUAUCGCGCAACACGUUUCUUGGGUUGACGGGCUUGAGGAAGCUAAUACUGAAGGAGAAUGAACUGGUAUCGAUCGAUCCGCAAGCGUUUGCUCCGCUCACCGCGCUGACCGAGCUUGAUCUGGAGGGAAACAAUCUGAAGCUACUGUCACCGAACACGUUCGUGCCGUUGGCACAUCUGCGAGAGCUCGUGCUAGCUGACAACUACAUCGAGCGGCUUGACGAUGGGAUUUUUGCGGGCAAUGUCAAUCUGGAGAUAUUGAAGCUAAACAACAACUCGAUCGAGGAGCUGCAGCCUGCUGUGCUGGCUGGGUUGAAAAAUUUGGAAGAUUUAGCCCUACAGCAUAACGAAAUACGAGUUCUGGAGAAGAACCUGCUUAAAUCUACCACCAGCUUGAGAGUGCUCCAGUUGGAGGGGAAUGUUAUUCACAAGAUUAUCCCAGGCACGUUUGAUACCUUGAAACGGUUGGAGACGCUCGAUCUAGAGGACAACAGCUUAUCGUCGAUUGAGGGUGGUAUUUUCUGCGGUUUAACUUCGCUGGAAAAGUUGUACAUCAACGAGAACCAGAUCGAGGAACUGAAAGCGGGCAGUCUUAAGGGGCCGGAGCGGUUGAGAAAGUUGGAGCUAGAGCAAAACAUCAUCAAGCGCAUUGACGAACGUUUCUUAGAUGAUACGACACAGCUUCGCACCCUCUCGCUGGAAGAAAACCUUAUCGAUGAGAUCCCGGUCAAGCUGUUUGCAAAUCAGAAGAGUCUGAAGGAAAUUUCGCUUGAGAACAACAACAUUCAGAAGCUGCCGGAUGGUGUAUUUGCAGCCAUCUCCACCUGUCUGGAGGAGCUGUAUCUUGCUGAUAACGAUCUGUCAGAGUUAUCACCGGCCGUGCUGGAUCUUCCGCGCUUGGAACUGCUUGACAUAUCCGACAACAAGUUUCGCGAUCUGCCGGACGAUAUGUUUAGCAAGGCGAAACAAUUGCACGAACUGUACGCGGAUGGCAACAUGAUUGACGACAUACCGGAUGCUCUCCGAUCGCUGCUCCGAUUGUCCACACUUUCCCUCACUCGCAACCGUUUGCGUGAUAUCGAUCCACAGAGCUGGAGCAUGAUGCAACGCUUGAAGGAGUUGUAUCUGUCCGAGAACUUUAUCCAGGUGCUUACACCACAGAGUUUCGAGCGCUUAGAAUCACUGAAGGAGUUGCAUCUCGAUCGGAACCAUCUGCAUACGAUCCCGGCGAACACUUUCGCUCGCAACGGAAAUUUGGAAAAGUUGAAUCUUUCGAGCAACCAUCUGGAGGGCCCACUGGCAAACAGCUUUGCUGGACUGUGGAAGUUAAAAGAGCUUCAACUAGCGGACAAUCCACUCGUCACGAUGGAGGCAAACAGUUUCAGAGACUUGCGCAAGGUGGAGAAACUAUCGCUUGAAAACGUCAGUCUGACGGAUGUAAGUGGUAGUCCGUUCUAUGGUAUGUCAUCGCUGGAGAAGCUCGAUCUUGAUGAGAACCGUGUACAGCGCCUCGAGGGUUCAUCCUUGCGAGGCUUGGAGAUGCUGGAGAAACUAUACAUCAAUCACAACCCGGUGUCCCGCAUCGAUACGAACACGUUCAAGCAUUUGGGCAACCUCAAGACGAUCUCGAUUGGACCCGGUGCUAUAGAUUUCACGGAAGAUCUGCUGCAAAACAAUCAACGUCUGAAGGAGCUGUAUCUGUUUGAUUGCGUUGCCAGUCCACUGCCUGGACGAUUUUUCCAUUUCAACAAGAAGCUACAAACGUUGGCGAUCGUCAACAAUAGUAAGCUGGGUGGACUGAACAAACAAUGGUUUAAGGAUCUUUCAAAUCUACAGCAGCUUGUGCUGAUGCGCAAUGGUUUGACACACUUUGAGAAGGGUAUAUUCGACUCGCUGGAUGGUUUGGAUGAGCUGUACCUUUCGGGUAAUCCGGUCGGAGAGAUCGAUCGUGAUGUAUUUGCGAAGGUUGUCGGGCUGGAGGUGUUGGACCUUUCGAGCAUGAAGUUGCGUACGCUACCAAUGGGAAUAUUUGAUAACCUUUACGAUCUUGAAACGCUGGACUUGGGUGAGAAUCAGCUAGCGAAUGGAUUAGCAAAUGGAGUGUUUAGAAAUCUGUACUCGCUGAAAACUCUUUCCCUCGAUAACAAUAAGCUGAAAACACUCGACACGGUACUGUUUGACGAUUUGAAAAAUCUGCGUACGAUCGACUUGAGUGGCAACGAGCUGAGCAGUCUCGAUCCGCAGCUAUUCCACGAUUCGCUCGAUCUGGAACUUUUGGAUCUUUCCUCGAACAAGUUUACCACAUUCGAUCUUCAGCAGACAACGUUUUCGAAGACGUUGGUCGAGCUAGACCUGGACGACAAUCAGCUGGUUUCCAUCCGUGUGACCGAGGACCUGGAGGAGCUGUACGUGGAAAACAAUCAACUCACGGCGAUCGAGGUAGAUAACUCACCGUCUUACAAUCUGCGCAGCCUAUCCAUUGCGAACAACAAAUUCACCGAGCUAGACUCACUGUACCGGUUCAACAAUCUCGAGGAGCUGGACGCUUCGUACAAUGCAGAGCUGCGGGUUCUCGAGCUGGGAAGAAUAUCGAAGGCAAUGUCGGUGCUGGAAGUGUUAAACGUGUCACACUGCAUCAUUGAUGAGCUUGAUUUGGCGGAGAUUGAAGUGCAUGCGUUCUUGGAACUGUUGGAUGUGUCGGGCAAUAAGCUGCCCAGCUUGGAGUUGGAUGCGUACCGAUACUUCCCAGCAGUGGAGAGCUUCGUAUUUGGGGGCAAUGCGUUCGACAAGUUCUCGAUCGAGGAGGUGCUCAGCAGCUUUAAGGAUCUGGAAAUGAUUGGGCUGGAUGGUACGACAUGGGAGCCCUCUUUCCUGGACGAGCUGGAAAGCUACAUACAGGAUAGGGACGUUCGGUUUUGGCAUCAUGGAACAGGUGAGAGCCCAACGUGCACAAUCGCACGCGUUAGUCAGCUGUUUUGUUAAUAC